GACUGCGUGAGCUUCCCUUGACUUAACCUUUUUACUGACUAGUUAACGUUAGCCAGUUAGCGAACGGAAGCUAGUGUAACAAUAGCCAAAUUAUGGCUAGCUAACGUGAGCUAACCGUCGUUGUGGAUGUCCAGUCCUUGUUUUAAAGACGCAUAUUAUAUGUUAAUUAACUGUAGUGUCUCAAAUGUGGCCAGUCCUUGAAAUUAGAGCUGUCGUCUAUUUAGCCUUAGAAUCCUUGGCUAGACAAGGCGACGAACGCAAGUUUGCUUAGUUAGCUAGCGGUUAGCUUUCAUAGCUAGCUAACGCUAACUGUAAAGUUAGCUGGGUGGAAAUGUUCGUUUUGGAAACCCGAUAUUUGUCACUCACGCACGGUCUGCAAGGUACAGACCCCAAAUUAUUAGCUAGCCUACAUCUUACUGUCAAACAAAAUCAACGCGUGAGGGAAAUAUACGAAUUGUAGAGGCAACUGAAGCUGUAUACUUGUGUGUGUAAAUCUUCAAGAAGAUCUAUUGUAUGUGUUGGUGUCAGUCAACUAAGUGGAUAAACAUCAGCACAGAAACGUCAGAGAAAUUAUGCUGACGUUGUAACUGAAGACAACAAGCUGGAGAAAGGAGGCCAUAUCUUGUAUGGUUUGGGUCCCUUAUAUUAUGCCCAGAUUCCAUCUUUUCCAUCUGCACUUCGGGGAUUAAAGACACUUGACAUGCUUUCUUCCCACUUUCAGUUUAGUGGAUUGAGUUGACAAAGGGAAGAACCUCUGGCAACUUAAAAUAAUCAUGGAAAAGAUUAUUUUAAAAAGAAUCAAAUGAAAGGGUUAGAUAUUGAAAGGAUUUGCAUAUGUACAAAUUAUGUUUGUCAAAUUUAUUAUUGAGGAGGAAAUCACUUGCUGCAGUAUUUCCCAUAAUCAAUGUUUUCCCCCCUCACCUGAUUUUAUUUAAUUAUCUCCUAGUGUAAUAGUUUCUUCAUCAGUUUCCUAGUUAGAAAUUCAGUUUGCAUUCUGAGCAAGCUUUUGGUCAGUGGACAUGGCGUACCCUUUACUUGAUUUUUCUUCCCAAGCCCCAACAGGGGAUGAUUUUAUCUGCACAGAAUGUGGUGAAGGGUUUGUUCAAUAUCCAAAAUUGAUCAAUCACAUGGCUAUUCAUGGACCCCUUGACCCUUUAUCUUCUAAUGAUGAAAGUGGCAUUAAGGGUUGUGAUACACCCAUUGAAUUUGCCCUCCAUGAAAAUGGAACACUCACAGUAGUUGAUAAAUCUGCAGUAUCUAACUUCUCGUUCUUAUUUGGAAAACCCACAUCAAACUCGUCAUGGAAUCAGACACCUUUUCAAGAAUCACUGCCUUCAAACAAAAUGGCAGAAGCAGAGCAUACUCAGUGUAGAUGUGAAAGAUGUGGUCAAGUGUUCAGGAGCCAGAGAAGUUUACAACAACAUCAGCGAUACCGCCCCCUUGAGCAAGGUUUCAAAUGUACCCUAUGCUGCAAGGUUUUUUAUGAUCGAGAGAGUCUUCGGGGCCACCUUCAGAGCCAUGAUCAUGAACGUUUUUACAGCUGUGGACACUGCGGAAAACGAUUCUUAAAACAAGAGACUUUGUUCUUGCACCAAAAAGAAUGGCACAAGUGUCUGGGAUCAAAGAGUUCAAGUAAAUUUGAAGAUGACCGUGAAAAUGGUAUGGAUAAAUCUUACCCUUGCAAGAUUUGUGGCUUGCGUUUCUUUUGGUUGUCUGACUUGCAGAGCCAUCUAAUUAAUCAUGCUCAUGUAAACAAAUCAACUACUGAUGCCAAACAAAAAGAGAACUUGCAGGACCAGGAGGAAAGUAGCCAUAAGAAAAAUGUCUUGCCCUCUACUGAUGUUUCUGUUGAUCGCUCGUAUCGCUGUGGCUUGUGCGGGGGGCGUUUCAAUUCCUUGUCAGAUUUGAAAGCACAUCAUGCUUCUGAGCAUCCAGAUGAGGAACAUGAUGAGGACCCCUCCGAAUCAACAUCUCAGAUUAAACGACAGCCUGUUAACUAUUUUGGUAUAAUGCGUCAAAUGGUUUCAAAGCACCAAAUGCAACGCAUGGAUCCAUUGAGGUCAAGAAUGAGAGGUAGACCUAGAGGAGGUGCUAACAGAAGUCUCAACUCUAAAGUGUUCCCUUGCAAACAAUGUCAUCGCGUUUUUGUCCACUCUAGCAGUCUAUCUCGCCAUAUGCGUUACCAUAAGGGUACUCUUCAUACAUGUGUUUAUUGUGGCAGACAUUUUCCACAAAGAUGUGAUGUCACCAGGCAUGUUGCUAUGUAUCAUAGUUCAGAUGUAAAGGUCAAAGUUGAAAGUGAACUUUUGGAGGGUGAAGAAGAAAAUGGUAUGCAAGAGUUAUCAAAAAGGCAGACGAGCAAUGAUUCUGAUGAUCAGGAAAAUCAGGAAAAUGAAGACCAGCAGUCACCAAAGCCAACAGAUAAGGAGAAAUCACCAGAUACACAAGAAAUGUCUCCUGUCAAGCCACGAAUGACCUACAAAUGCAAAGAAUGUGGUAGAGUUUUUGGGCUGCUGAGUGUAUAUCAGCGACAUGUGCGUUAUCACAGAAGAGACCCUUCCCGAGUACUACUAAGCUGUCCUCGUUGUCCAUGUCGUUUUACUUUCCGCUCUGCUCUUGAUCGCCACCUAGAGAAUCAUGAUAAGGAAGGAUCUGAGAAGAAUGGUAAGGAAGGAUCUCCAACUCCAGAGGCUCAUACAGAUUAUUUACAAAAUGAAGAUGAAGAUUUAGGUUUUGAAAGGAGUGAGUCAGAAGUUGAGUCAAAAGAGAAUACAGCAACAGAUGUGUUGUAUGAAUGCACUGAAUGUACCCAGACAUUUUCAGACCUGCAGAAGUUCCUUCAACAUCAAAGUGCACAUGGUUGAAAAAUCUCUAAUCGGAUAUGAUACCAGGCAUCUGAUAGUAAUAAAAUGUCAGACAAAUGCAUUCCAUAUGUUGAAUUGUGAGAGCAAAUUGAGCACUACCUGAUCUGACCUUAUCUAAUUUUUUUAUGUAUGUACAUUUUUUCUACUGCUGAAUUUGUUUCUUGAUUUGUAAUAGCACCAGGUUGACAUGCCUUCCUGUACUUUCUCCUCUUGAAUAAUAGCAUAUUGCUAAGAUGUCGUGUGGAAUCUUCAAGAAUGCUCUAAUAGGUACCUCAAGGUGUUUUGUCAUUUUUUCUCAUUAUGCAAAUUGUUGACUGUCAAAUUUAGUCAUCUUUGUAUUUCCCUUUUUGCUCAUUAACUGUGGAACAGGCAAAUGCUGUACUGUACAGAGUCUUACAACAUCUCAUAACUGCCUUCCGAGUGUAUUUCAAAUUGAUGGCAUUAGUGAGCAUCAUUAACAUAAUAAACCAUAUUUCAAGGCAAGCCCAUUUACUGACCUUGACUGUGAAGUGUCAUAUGGGUUCAUCUUGACUGAUUUGAAGAUGCACCCCUAGUGGGAACUAGAUUUAGGCAAAUAGCAUUGAAUGGUGAGUGAGAUUUUAUAACUUCAGAGUAUGUGUGUUGGUCUACUUUGCAUGGAAUUGUCUGGGGCUGUUAGUGUUUGAUGUUUGAGGGUACAGGGGUCAUACAAAUAAGUGCUGUGAUGUCUGAACAUCAAUAAAAAACAAGUUUUCAGUAAAAAAAAAUCUUGAUAACCCUA